CUAAUUGAUUUUAAUCAUGUCUUUUUAAUUUAAUUCGCGAAAAGGAAGAUUUGACAAAAAAAUAAAAUUAUCCGGCAACUCUUCUGUUUUCGCUGAAUGUCAAAAUGGAUUUUCUAAUAAUUGGUUUGCUUCUAAUGGUGGCUCAACGUGAACUAUAUGCGGCUGUAGAUCCAAACAAAGCAUUGUUUGAUUACGUCACCAUCCAGAUAACAGAGAAUGAGAAGGAUUACAUCACAAUGUUGCCGAAGAACGUGAGCCAUGAUUUUCUCGUCUCAUUUGUAUUUCCAAAAAUUUCUUGGAACAACGAGUUUGAGAAUCCAGAUUCGGAUGAUUAUCACUGUUUUGCCAAUAAAUUGAGAAGAAGGUUGAGGAAUUUGUACUAUAACGGCGAGAAAAAUUAUGAGCAAGAAUACAAAGAUGCCAAAAUCCUCAGAAUGAGGAAUGACACAUAUACCACUGCUGAUUUUGAUCUACAUUUUAUAAAGACAUUACCGUGGCCAGCCUGGAACGAAAGCCUUGUCACUAGCCUAUUUCCUAAACAACAGCAAGGCCUGGCACAACUCUACAAAUACCCACAAAUCAACUCUUCUCGUGAUCCAUUCGUAAACUACACCAAAUUUGAGAUAGAGUGGUUUGGAGUGAUUGAAAAUGAAAAGAACAUGUUCUCGAGUGACGGCGCAUUUGCUUACUUUGGCUUUUACAACAUAACACCUCCACCUCCAACGUACACGGGACCAGCAUACACUUCAACAUUAAAUUUAACGUUGUAUGGUUUACUUGGUUUCAAUAUAUUUGUCAUCGUCAUUGCUCUACUGUUCUGGGCUAUAAAUUGUAACCGGCAGAAAUUACUGCUUUCCUAUUGGUUCAAAGAAGAACUUGCAAAUCCGGACGGAAGAGAAAUAACACCCGGUGAUAUUUGAAAUUAACAAGGCAUAACAUUAAGGCAAAUCUUGUAAAUUCGUAAUAUGCGUCUUAUUAAAGUGUAACGUUAAUAUCCAGGACAUUAAAAAGGUACCUUGAUACGGUUCACCCUAAUGUGAUAAAGGCUAGCUCGAGGGCAACUAAUAUUUCAGACGUUUGAAGAAAAAGAAGAAUAGAUGUCUAUGCAAUUAAAUUCUUUUUAUAAAUUGUUAUUGGCAUUCGCGUUAAUUACCUUUGUGUUAAUUUCUUGAUCGUUAAUUUUGUGCCUCAUUAAUUUUCUAGGAUAAGAUUUGCAACCAUAGCCUGUAGACGUUAAAAACGAAAAGUUGAACAAUGAGGCCAUCUGUUGCAAGGA